AUGAGACAAUUUAACGAAACAAAGGCGAAUCAGUUUGAGAAUUAUCUUACCACGCAGCCGGAAGCAACAAACAAACAAACAAACAAAAAAGAGCGAAGUGCAAACGUGCUACGGUGGGAUAAGGUGCAACACACGCGAACAUAUUCCCUAGUUCCGGAUGCCCUGCAGCCAUUUAAAAUUGGCCACAAACAGCAAAACCGUCCGGUCGGAAGAUGGAUUGGGCUGUUGGAUGAAUGGGUGGUGUGGUGUGGUUUGAAGCGCAGAAGAAAGUGGCCUAAAUUCGCGAAACCGGUUUUAGCCAGGGGUGGCUUCGAUUACUUAAUGCCGUUUGUGUGUUGCGGAAACGGGGAAUGUAGGUGUGCUGGGUCUGUUUUUUUUCUUCUCUUCUUCGCAACACAAGCUCAUAAUCAUUCCAUCUUCGUUAGUUUAUGCGUUACAGUGUUACUGGCGACAACAUUACUCCUGUCACACACCCUGGUGAGGGGCGAUAGUUCGAGCGGCGCCAACAGAAGAUCCAGCCCGGCCCUGAUCGAUUCCGGCAUUCGAGCUGGGUCACGAUUGCCGGUAGUUCCUGUGACUGGAUCGAAGGUUACCAAGCUACGUCCGGUUGGCAAACAGCGACCCGCUGUGGAGGACGACGACGAUGACGACGAUGACGACGAUGAUGAUGAUUACUUUGACUUUGGGCUGGAAGAUGAUGACGACGACGAUGAUGAUGAGGAGGAGGAAGAAGAAGAGGAAGAGGAUGACGAGGAGGAGGUAGAACCGCCUGUCAAACCGGAGCUUCCGGUGGUGGAAACGAGCACGACACGUGCAAGAUUGCUGUCCGAUGCGGCCUUCACGAAGCUGUCCGAGACGCUCGGCGCACUGAAUACGGUCGGGCGGUACAUCGUGAACAUUACCAAGGGACAGGAAGCCAGCGCCAUCACGCAGGUUGAUCCUGGCACGAAGGAAACCGUCCCGGAAGCGUUGCUUACCCUCACGAAAACGAUGCUCGGCCAAAACAUAACCAAAACAAUCGAACCACUCAUCAAGCGUGGCGGUUUCGGUGGUAAUGGGGGAGAGUCCGAAACCGUCGGUGCGGUCACUUCCGGUCCGCUAGUGGUCCUGUCCACCGGUACGUUGGAACCAACCGUUGCCUCAUCUACCGUGGCAUCACUUGCGGCUGUUGCGCAGCGAAAGGAAGACAACGAGCUAACGCUCGGUGGAGCGAUCGACAGCAAGAUCGCACCGGUCCCCGUACCGGCCGGAAGUGUCGCGACCGAGCAAAAGAAGAAGAAGAAAAAGAAGAAGAAGAACAAGGUAAAGCGAAAGGAUCCGGCACACCAGGAGAUGCGGUUAACUACGACGACCACAAGCACCACGACGCGCAGACCGGAUCCGGCCCCGAGCAACAAAAUCGUAGAGUCAACGAAGGACAUCGAGAAUCGGUGCCGCACACCAGAUGGACGCCCCGGACGGUGUGAAGACCUGAGCACGUGUCCAGGGUUGCUGCUGGAUCUGAGUCAUCUGCGGGAAUCGCUCUGCUUCAAGAGUCUCUUUGUGCCGGGUGUGUGUUGCCCGAUCACUACCACCAGUACGGUGCUGACAACACCGCGACCACCACCCCGGCCACAGCAAACCGGAUCGGGUUCGCUAGUACUCAGCCCCGUUGCGAAACCAUCGACGACGACCAGUACGACGACAACGACCACGAAACGGCCACUCGUGCCAGUGUACACGGUGUCUCCGGCCGACAGUGGGGCGGUUCUGUCGGCCACCCUCAAACCGAUCGACAACAUUGUCGAUCCGGACGAUUGCGGGCAGCAGGAGUACUCGUCCGGCAGGAUCGUGGGUGGAAUAGAGGCCCCUACCGGGCAGUGGCCAUGGAUGGCGGCCAUCUUUCUCCACGGCACGAAGCGCACCGAGUUCUGGUGCGGUGGUUCGCUGAUCGGCACGAAGUACAUCCUGACGGCGGCCCAUUGUACGCGCGAUUCCCGCCAGAGGCCGUUCGCGGCGCGCCAGUUUACCGUGCGGCUGGGCGAUAUCGAUCUGUCCACGGACGGGGAACCGUCGGCACCGGUUACGUACAAGGUGACGGAGGUGCGGGCCCAUCCACGGUUUUCGCGCGUCGGCUUCUACAACGACAUUGCGCUGCUCGUGCUGGACAAACCGGUUCGUAAGUCGAAGUACGUCAUACCGGUGUGUCUACCGGGGCCGAAUCUACCGUCCAAGGAGCGGCUGGCAGGUCGGCGGGCAACAGUCGUCGGUUGGGGCACCACGUACUACGGUGGUAAGGAAUCCACCAAGCAGCAGCAGGCGACCCUACCGGUUUGGCGCAACGAGGAUUGCAACCGGGCGUACUUCCAACCGAUCACGGACAACUUCGUGUGUGCCGGAUUUUCCGAGGGUGGUGUCGACGCGUGCCAGGGUGAUUCUGGUGGACCGCUGAUGAUGCUGGUCGAGGCCCGCUGGACCCAGGUCGGUGUCGUAUCGUUCGGGAACAAGUGCGGCGAACCGGGCUACCCGGGUGUCUACACGCGCAUCAGCGAGUACAUGGAGUGGAUCAGGGAAAAUACGAAGAAGUAA